UUAAACUCUUGUCAUUCGAUCUCUCAGCUAUUUAAUCUCACACAUGUCCGAUCUUCUCCGGAUGCUUACCUUAUUUCGCUUUGGGGGCAUCUAUCUGGACAUGGAUGUGGUUCUCCUGCGCAGUUUGGAACAGGUGCCUUUUAACUAUGCAGGAGCUGAGUCAGAUACCCAUGUGGCCAUUGGGGUCGUCAGUCUGAGUCCCACUGGGUUUGGUCAUGAGUUUGCGGCAUCUUGCCUUCGUGACUUCCAACUAAAUUUUGAUGGCAGCGAUUGGGGCAACAAUGGACCUGGUGUCAUAACACGUGUGGCACAAAGGAUUUGUGAUACGAAAAACAUUACAAUGAUGCUGGAGGAUCGAAAACGUUGCCACGGCUUUAAAGUGUUCGAUCGCAAGGCAUUUUACGCGAUAAAGUCAAAUGAUUGGAGACAUUUCUUUGAGCCCGAAUUCCUUGAAGAGACACUGGAGCUGACAAGGGACUCGUAUUUGCUGCACGUGUGGAACAGGAAAUCGCAUCAGAUGCCCAUGAAGGUCGGCUCGGGCAGCGCCUAUGCCAGAUAUGCGAGGCUGCACUGUCCCAGAGCCUACAAGGCAGCUGGAGAAUAUUUUUAGCCAGGAAUCAAAGAAAUUGUUAAGGGAAUCCCACUAGAAAAAGUUGCAUUUUUAUGUGCAACUUUUACUAAAAUUUAUUUUUCUCAUACAUUUGAGGUGCUAGAUGAGUAAAAACCACUUUAAACAUUUUCUACACUCAGAAAAAUAUGCCAUACUAAAAUUAGGUACAACCGUACU